GUUCACAAGAAAAUUUUCAUAAAAACACGGCAUAAAAAACCGGUCCUACUCGACUGUCUGAACAGAUUGCUUUCUUCUGUUUGCAUCAGGGUUAUCAAUCUAGUUAAGAAUAUUUUCCACCCAUGUAUCUAUAUAACUCAACAGCUAUCUAAACCGCGUUUUAGUUUAAUACCGACCACAGUAACAGCAAGAGUUGACUCAACUAAACCAAGUUACCAUGGACCGUUGGCGAGAUCGAAUCGCGGUAGUUACUGGUGCCAGUUCGGGUAUAGGCGCUGCUCUGGUCAAGGACCUCCUUCGAGCUAAUGUUAUCGUUGUCGGAUUAGCGCGUCGAUUGGAACGAAUGCAGGAAAUUAAAAAUUCUUUGCCUGCAGAACUUCAAUCUCGUUUUCACCCAGUUAAGUGUGAUGUAGCGAAGGAGGAUGAUGUUAAAAGUGCAUUCAAGUGGAUUGAGGAGAAGCUUGGUGGUACGGAUAUCCUUGUGAACAAUGCUGGGUGCUCACGUUGCACGGAACUAGUAAAAGAGGAUAAUACAGAUGAUAUUCUGGCUGUUGUUAAUACUAAUAUUAUGGGGGUUGUAUACUGCACACGGGAAGCCUUCGCGUCUAUGAAAAAACGUAAUUUCGACGGACAUGUCGUGAACAUCAAUAGUAUAGCCGGACAUCGAGUCCCCAAUUUCGGUACGGAAUUGCCUUCCUUCAAUAUUUAUCCAGGAACCAAGUACGCUAUAACGGCCAUGAGUGAAACCUACCGCCAGGAAUUCAUGAAUAAGGGAACUAAAAUUAAAAUUACGAGCGUGAGUCCCGGUGCUUGCGACACGGAAAUCUUUCCAGAUGAAUACGAGGAAGAAGUGAAAAAGAUGAUGGUCAUGUUAAGACCCGAAGAUGUUUCCGAUGCAAUUAUGUACUCGCUGGGAACUCCUCCUCAUGUGCAGAUUCACGAACUUACUAUCAAACCGGUUGGCGAGAAAUGUUAAUAAAUAAUCAAUGGCAGAAACCAGAGAACUCAAGGUCGAUAAAUGUGAAUCAUAUUUGCUUAUAGUAAAAAACAACGUGGAAAUAAAUGUUGUUAUUCAUUUUU